ACAAAGUCAGCUGGGAUCGUACAAUCUGCUGGGAUCAGGUGGCAGUGAGUGCGUGAUCCUGGGACAGUGAGGGGCUCAAGAUGUUUUCCGCCCUGCGCAAGUUGACGGGCCGGGGAGCAGAUGGCCCACUUACCCCUACGUCACCUCCUGGGGGGGUGCAGGCGAUGGCUGCAUCCUUACAGCGUCGAUUUGCACGUGGUGUCCAGUAUAACAUGAAAAUAGUUAUAAGAGGAGAUCGGAAUGUAGGGAAGUCCUGUCUCUUCAAACGCCUUCAAGGGCAGCCGUUUUGUGAGGAUUAUGUGCCUACUGAAGAAAUUCAGGUGGCAAGCAUACAGUGGAGUUACAAAGCUACAGAUGAUGUUGUGAAAGUUGAAGUUUGGGAUGUUGUUGAUAAGGGAAAGAAGAAGAAGAAGAUGGAAGGUUUGAAGUUGGAUAAUGCAUCUUUGGAGUUUGAAGAACCAGCUCUCAUUUUAGAACCCAAUGGAUGCAUUGAGAGCUUGGAGCGACCCGAAGGAGCAGCUGAUGUCCGAUACACAGAGUCCUCCAUGCGCAAUGGGUUUGGUCUGAAGCUGCUGCACAAGUUCUUCAACCUGCCAUUCCUGCAGCUCCAGCGAGAGACUCUCCUACGCCAGCUGGAGACCAACACAGCAGAGAUUGACGCGACCAUUCAGGAACUCGAACUCUACCAAGAGAGUGACGACGCAAACUAUGAUGUCUUUCUGACUCAGCUGACUGAUCGACGAAGAGCAGCAGCAGAAUCAGUUGCCCCAGUUGCACAGGUCGCUGCCCCAGUCAACACGUCACCCAUUCCGCAGUCACGAUCCAUAAACAGUAUGGCAUCCACAACAUCUCCUCCGACAGUAAAUGGUCCUAAUAGCUUAGCCGUUGCAAAAUCAGUGUCGGUUCCAGUCAGUUUAUCAUCAUCUGCUUCAAGUACGCAGUCUAGCCCUCGGCCCACGGAUCGAGCAUCACCUCAAGUGCCAACACCAGCCCCACAAAUGGCAAAAACACCAGUAACAACACCCCAAGCAUCUAAGGCAGCCACAGCCACAACCCCAACUGCAGCUCCUAGCGCUAGCACUAACAACAGCAAUAGCAACAGCAGUAGCAACAGUCCCUCCAGUGGUGCACAAAACUCGACCAACCAGAGUCCGGAGAAAACGCAAGAAAAGACUAGCUUCAUGUCUCGAAUUUUUAACAAGAGCAGAGACACAGAACCUGCAGUGGAGGCGAUGGCUGAUUGCAUCAUACCAGCAGUAGGAUCUGUGGACCCUGUCUCGGUGGACGACUUUGUACCUGAUGGCGGCAAGUUAGAUCAGUCCUUCUUGAGCGAUGUCCUCACUUCCUCUGGCAAAGAACCCAGCCCCCCUGCUGAAGAAGAAAGUGAGGAAGAAUGCGAUGGAAAUCCAAUGGUGUCAGGUUUCCAAGUGGACCUAGACCCAGAUGAUCUAAAUCUCGGGUCAAAUGUAGAAGUCGGUGCAGACGAAGACUUUGAAGAUGACUCGGUGGGAAUCUUUUCAAAAGUAGACUCUGUGCUUGAUAGUAAAAGUGACGAGAAAGAGGUGAGAACUUCCAAGAAGCCAAAGAAUAACAAACGAAAAGUUAGUGAUAGUGAGAAACUUAACUGUGAAAAUGACGUUUCAGUAGCCUUGUCCAAAUUAGGCCUCGAGGGGUCACCAGACAGCAAUAAAGAGGCUGGGAUUGUACUUAACUUUGGACACUGUGAUGGUGAAGAGCACGCCAAAGAGGACAAGUUAGAUGAUUGGCUAAACUCGGAAGAAGGAACUAUAGCCAAUCCUUAUAUAUCCACUGCGACCGACAUGCCAGAGGGGGCUACCUUAGAUGACUCGGAUGAUAAUCAAGGUUCCACAGUCGAGACGUGCAAAGGACUGGAGAAGACGAGUCACCACAGCUGUAGCACAUCGAGGAGUGAGAGCCCGACAGAACUCUCAGAACGUAAAAAGAAGCAUAAGAAAAAGGAUAAGGAAAGGAAGGAAAAGGAUGAUGACAAGUCAUCUAAGAAACACAAGAAGAAGAGCAAAGAUAAAGACAAGGAGAAGGAGGGAGACAAGAAGAAGAAGAAGAAAAGGCGAGACAAAGAGAAGGACGACCUCGAGGAAUUCUUCGGGGCCUCGCCAGAGAAGGAGUUUGACGAGGCUUACGAAGCCAUCUGAAUCCGGCCAUUCCCUCCUCCCCCUUAGUUCGUCCAAAUAGUAUUUACGUAGAAGCUUCCAGUUCGGUCUUAUGAUAGUAUUUUCUUAUUUAUAUAGUCGGUAAGGUGUGGGAUGGGCUGCUACGUGCGCGUAUCAGUCUGAAUGUUUGUUAUUUGUAUGCGAACCUUUGGAGAUCUAGACUUGCUUUUUUUUUAUUUACAUAAGAUCCUGGAAUAUUACAUCAUAUGUAUUGGAUAAUUGUAAAUCAAAACCAUGGGAUUUAAAAGUUCGGUACCACAGUUAUGAAGGUGAAUCUGCUUUAUCAAAGAUUAAUAUGUACUAUUUUGACAGUGUUUGAUAACAGGAAGUGCCCAAUGCCUUUUCUAUGACAGUGUAAGCCAUUAUAUAAAUUUUUUUGGAUGAUGUCAUUAGGAAAAAGAACUGUCUUCAGAAACCUGUUUAUUAGUUUGUGAUUUUUUUUUUUUUUUUUUUUUUUUUUAACAUUGGAUGAAUUGAUUUAUUAUAUAUAUGAAGAAAAUACAAUAUUUUAAACACAGAUUACUUUAUAAGAGGACUUUAUAAGUAACUCUCUAUGGAUGGUUUUCUAAGAUUUUCACCAUUGGAGAGAACAAAUGUAAAAUUAAGAAUUAUUAGUAAAGAUGCUGAGAAUAAGAUGCUGGUUGAGAUAUCCAGAUAGUCUGUAUCUCAUUUUUACUAUUCGAAAUUGAUAUGAAAUUACAAAUAAAAACUAAAAUCUUGACAAAAACAAGGACUAUUAUAUUUAUAAGAAAAAAGAAAAAAUUUGAGAGAAAGUUUUCUAUUUUCAUAGUGACAUCAUCAUCUGUAAAGCGGUGGUGAAAGCGACAAAAAAUAGUGACUAACUAUUUACUGAAGGUGCCAUGUCAAUAAUUUGAUUAAGGAGAGGAACACAGCAUUUUUACCCUUAGUGUCAUAAAAGAAUUUUUGUGUAUUUUUGUUAUUGUUGCCAAUUAUUACAUCAUUAUCAUCAUCAUCAUCAUCAUUCAGAAUGCUACUGGUUUAAAUCUGUCACUGCUAUUUUAUUCAUAAGUCCACUGAUCUAUAAUUGGUCAUGACUUCCAUUGCCAUUUUCAUUAUUUUUGUUAUUACCUCAUGCUUGUCAUUCUGAUAAUUUUAUUGAGCAUUGUGAUCAUUAUUUUUUUAUUGGUUACCAUUAUCACAUCAUCAUAUUGGAUGCACCAAAAUCACAAGGGCUGUGACGAACGAUUUCGCAGUGGUUGUACAUGCUGGAUCACAAUUUGUAAACGCACCAAUGUAAGUUUUCCUCUCCUUGCUUGCGUAUGCCAAUUAAUAAUGGUAUGGCCUCGGCUUUAGUUCAUCUGAGCUUGGGAUUUGUGAAGAUAAGCUUUGGCCAGAGUAAUAAAGCGUUCGCUGUUCUUUAUUCUAAUAUGGGUUAUUGAGAAGCAGUCAUUGUGUGGUAGUCAUUCCUAUCCGUGAUUAUUGGAAUUCUUCUCUUUCUUCUUCUUCUUCUUUUUUUCUUCUUCGUCUUUGUCUUCAUCUUCUUUUUCCUGGUUUUCAGAAUCAGAGCCAUUUAAUAAUCAUUGGAUGGACUUGAUGUAGAGUGAACUGUCUAUGAGUGUUAAACUGGAGUGAUAUUAUUUUCCUCUUAUUGUCAUCAUCAGUAUUGUUGUGGGUAUGAUAACUCUCCGUAUGGUUAUUGGUAACUAAUUGUUAAUGUGUUAAUUGUUGAGUAUAACAUGUUAUGUUUACAUUUGUCAUUAGAGUUGGUGUGAAGCUGCUUAGGUGUAGAUUAUUUAUGAUUAUUUUUUCCCCAGAUGCAAAGAAUUUUGCAAGAUGUUAUGAACUGGGAAAUUUUGAGUGUGUCUGAAGAAAAAGAAGGAUCAUCUGUACUUAUAAGAAUUAUUGAUUCCUGUUAUACAGAGCUCUUUGUUAACAUUUUUUUUUUUUUGUGGAUCUGCAGUAGUAGAUAGCCAUUGCAUCUUGUGUUGACCUGCAUGUCAUUCUUGUAGAAUGUUCUUGGACUAUCUUGUGCUGGUUGGUUUUGGGGUUUGAUUUUUGUUCUGAUUGUUUUCAUGACUUUUGCCAAAUAUUAGUACUUAAUUAGAUGCAUACAUAUACAUGUAUCUAUACAAAUUCUUUUGUGUACACAUACACACAUGUGCAUACAAUGAGCACAUACACAGACUCACAGACACACAUGUGCAAGUAUAUACACAAAUGGAUGUAUGUACUCAGCCACAUAUAAAACACGCACAAAAAACAAAAAAUUCACACACACUCACACACACGCACUCACACACACGCACU